CCGGACGUGGAACUCACUCCAAGACCAAGACCAAGAACCAAAGUACUCAAAACUUCAAAAGCUAAGCAACUCUGAUCAAAAGUUUGCAUCUUUCUUAGUUUUUAAGCUGAAGAGAGAAGAAGAAGAAGCCAUGAUGAUCUCCGACGACACAGUAUCAGCUAAAAAGCCCAUCUCAAGAUGCUGCUUCAUCUUCGCCUUUCUCUUCUUCUCUUCCCAAAACGCCGUCGUUUCGUCACCACCUUUCGACACACCUGUGGCUCGCCCACUUAAGAAACUCGACAAGCACGUGGUUCUACUAAUCUCCACAGACGGGUUUCGUUUCGGGUACCACUUCAAGACCAACCUCCCAAACAUCCACCGUUUGAUCGCCAACGGGACAGAAGCCGAGACGGGCUUAAUCCCCGUUUUUCCGACAGUAACUUACCCCAACCACUACUCCAUGGUCACGGGCCUAUACCCAGCGUACCACGGGAUCAUCAACAACAGGUUCGUCGAUCCGAAAACAGGGCACGUUUUCACUAUGGCUAGCCACGAGCCGGAAUGGUGGUUAGGCGAACCGCUUUGGGAAACAGUAGUGAAGCAAGGUCUCAAGGCGGCUACUUCCAUCUGGCCUGGCUCCGAGGUACGCAAAGGCUCUUGGGAUUGUCCUAAAGGUUUCUGUCAACACUACAAUGCCUCUGUUCCCGUUGAUGAUGAUGUCAGAGUUGAUACCAUCUUGAGCUAUUUCGAUUUGCCUAGUAGUGACAUCCCUAGUUUCAUAACGAUUCAUUUCGACGAUCCUGAUCCUCAAGGUCACCAAGUCGGUCCUGAUGAUUCUUUGAUCACUGAAGCUGUGGUUAACAUCGAUCGGUUGAUAGGAAGGUUCAUCGAUGGGUUUGAGAAGAGAGGGGUCUUUGAGGAUGUGACGAUGAUCAUGGUUGGUGAUCAUGGAAUGGUUGGUACUUGUGAUAAGAAACUCAUCGUUCUUGAUGAUUUAGCGCCUUGGAUCAAGAUCCCUAGCGGAUGGGUUCAGAACUACAAUACGUUGCUAGCGAUUAAACCGCCUUCGGGUCGCGAUGCUAAGGAUGUGGUGGCUAAGAUAAACCAAGGCCUGAGGUCAGGUAAAGUGGAGAAUGGUAAGCACUUGAAAGUUUAUCUCAAAGAGAAUUUACCAAGCAGGCUGCAUUACGCAGACAGUGAUCGUAUCCCACCUAUCAUAGGACUGGUCGAUGAAGGGUUUAAGGUUGAGCAAAAGAAGAGUGAAGGCAAGGAAUGUGGUGGAGCUCAUGGGUAUGAUAAUGCGUUCUUUUCGAUGAGAAGUAUAUUCAUUGGGCACGGUCCUAUGUUCUCAAGAGGUAGGAAAGUGCCUUCUUUUGAGAAUGUUGAGAUAUAUAAUCUGAUCAGUUCGAUUCUUGGAGUUAAGGCUGCUCCAAAUAAUGGGUCUGAUGAGUUUGCUUCAAAGGUUCUCUUGCCACGCAAGUAAAGCAGAGUAAGGCGUAUAUAUGUUUUAUCCUUCUGCCAAUAAUAAGUUGAGCCUAUAAUCUAUGGCUUGGGUUUUCAGGAAGUAAUAAACAUGAAACAUAAACGCAUCUUUAUGUUGCUUAGAUCAUUCGGAAUUUGAAUUA